AGGGAGAGGGAGGUAUUUCGUGUUGCAAAGGCGGGUCCCGUCGCCCAGCGGCCCCCUCACCCCUGCCCCACGAGUAUGAGAGGGAGUAAAUCACGGUGAAUACGGGCCCGGCGAUGACAUGGCGGUCGAAGGUGUUUAGCACGGACAGAUAUUGAGGUUAUCGCAGAGAGGGAGGUAUUUCGUGUUCCUCUUUGGAGUUGUUCGGCCGGUGUUGCGAAGGCGAAAUGGAAGUGAAGGAAGAGGGCGAAACGGGGAAGCCGCUGAUGGAGAGGAAGAGGGAGAAGGCUAGCGCUUCGCCUUCCAUAUGGAUGGUGGUCGCCAGCACAGCCGUCGCGGUCUCCGGUUCCUUCGAGUUCGGCAUGUCGGUAGGAUAUUCUUCACCAUCACAGUCUGGAAUAAUGCACGACCUUAACCUUUCAUUGCCCCAGUACUCUCUAUUUGGCUCAAUAUUGACAAUUGGAGCAAUGAUAGGUGCUAUAUUCAGUGGAAGGGUUGCAGAUCUAAUUGGAAGAAAAAGUGCAAUGGCGGUUUCAGAUUUUCUUUGUAUUACUGGAUGGACUUUUAUUUUCUUAACAAAGGGUAUCUGGUUGCUUGAUAUUGGAAGAUUACUAAUUGGAUGUGGCAUCGGUCUUCUUUCCUAUGUGGUCCCAGUGUACAUUGCUGAAAUAACACCAAAGAGUUUAAGAGGAGGAUUUGCUGCAGUUAAUCAGCUAAUGAUAUGUUGUGGAGGGUCACUAGCUUACCUGUUGGGAACUGUUUUCACUUGGCGUAUUCUGGCAAUUAUAGGUACAUUUCCAUGUUUUCUGCAGUUAAUGAGUCUCUUCUUUAUUCCAGAAUCUCCGCGAUGGCUGGCUAUGGUUGGUAGUCAUCAGGAGUUUGUAGCUGUCUUAAAAAGGCUAAGGGGAAAACACUCUGAUGUCUCUCAAGAAGCAGAGGAGAUAAUGGAGUUCACAGUAAGUCUUCAACGGCUUCCUCAGUCCAGCAUUGUGGACUUGUUUCAGAAGAUAUACCUUCAUGCAGUCAUUGUCGGAGUUGGCCUUAUGAUACUCCAACAAUUUGGAGGAGUUAAUGCUAUACACUUUUAUGCAAGUGAAAUAUUCGUGUCAGCAGGUUUUUCAUCCGGUAAUACUGGAAUGAUUGCUAUGGUUGCAGUGCAGAUUCCAAUGACUACAUUAGGCGUGAUUUUAAUGGAUAGAUCAGGGAGGAGACCACUUCUAAUGGUUUCUGCUGCAGGAACGUGUGUAGGUUGUUUCCUCGUUGCUAUAGUAUUCCUAUUGAAGGACCAUGACUUUCCAAAGGACUUGACCACCGCGCUUGCUCUGGGUGGCAUUUUGAUAUAUACUGGAUCGUUCUCAUUGGGUAUGGGGGCAAUACCAUGGGUUAUUAUGUCAGAGAUAUUUCCGCUGAACAUGAAAGGAACCGCAGGAAGCCUUGUGACCUUCGUUAGCUGGGCUGGUUCAUGGGUUAUCUCAUUUGGUUUUAACUUUCUCAUGAUGUGGAACUCAGCAGGUACCUUUUUCAUAUUUUCGAGCAUUUGUGGCCUUACCAUUGUAUUUGUGGAGCGUCUGGUACCAGAAACCAAGGGAAGAACUCUGGAAGAGAUACAGGCGUCAAUGAGCUUCAUUUCUUCAGAUUAACAAAGAUUCCACGUUUUGAGGUUGAAGCAAUCGGCAAAGUAUUAAUUAUUGUAGUAAAAAUAACAUAAAAGAUAAAUUUCUGAUGAUAAAAAUAAUAUAAAGGGCGAAGUUCCUUCAUCUGUAAUAUAUAUUUAUCUCCGUUUCAGAAUAGGAAUCAAAGACUAAAGUAUUAAUAUCUUCCUGAAUUAUUAUAUUCA